AUGGCCGCCGCUGUCAGCGUGGAGCGGCUGCUGGAGGCCGUGGAGCUGAGGUGCGCUUUCUGCCUGCAGUUCCUCAGCGAGCCGGUGCUGCUGGCGGGCUGCGCCCACAGCUUCUGCCGGGGCUGCCUCCUCCCGCUCUGCCGGGGGAAGCUGCGCGCCUCAUGCCCGCUCUGCCGGGAGGGCUUCCAGGAGAAGGACCUGCGGCCCAACCGGGAGCUGGCCGCUUUGGUGAGCUUGGUCUCGGAGGUGGUAAAGGAGGAAGAGCUGGAAACGCGGGAUGAAACGAAACCCUGCGAAGCCCUUCCCUGCAGCGACCUGAGCUCGGUGGGGCGGCAACCACAGGAGAAGGAAUACGAAUCUCAGAUCAGAAGGCAGAUUACUGAAGAUUUUUGUCGCAUGAAGGAAUAUGUUGACAGACAGGAGAGAAACACACUGAUGUUAAUUGAACAAGAGCAAAAAGCAGCUCAAGAGAAAACUGAAGGGACUAUUCACCAGCUCUGUGGUGAAGCGAACAAGCUCACAGACGUCAAAGCCCAAAUGAAUAACUCACCUGAGAGAGAGAGGUACAAAGGUGCACCUUCAAAAAAGCCUAAAAUGACACUUGAUGAGAAGCUUAAUGUUGUCAAAACUGCUGUAGAAGAUCUUAAGAGAAAGUUGGAAAUUUUACUUUUGGACUACGCUCAGCAGUUCCCGCCAGGGGCAGCUGACGUGGCUUUUGAUGUUGCAAGAAUAAAUAAGCACUUAGUGAUCACAGCCCAGAACAGGACAGUAAUGGUUUCCAGUUCCCCGAUCGAUUACAAACCAUCGCCCAACAGAUUCUGCAUCAGCCAAGCUCGUCCCUCCUUGUCAGGGAUGCUUACCCUGCGAUGGAGCAAGAUCAGCCUGCGCCAGCUGAUGGGCAUUAAGGUGGGAAAGGCAGGCGGGAUCCUCGGCGUCUGCCGUCCCUAUGGAUAA